GCUAUCCUUGUCUCUUUCCGUCGAUGUCGAUGACAUUGAGGAAACCAACUGUCCUCAUAAACAAACCUUAACAACCUUACGCACAGCAGGAUUGACCCCGGCGCGAAGUUGAUAACGUCCCCUCGGAAUUGCCACUAAUGACUCCAGCUCCGAUAUCAAAUCCUCCGUCGACGGGCAGGGUAACUACCGCCAUUCCUGUAACGAGAAGGGAAGAGGACGAUGAAGUCCGUCCGUACGUGAUUGUAUCAGAGAUUGGCAAAGGAAGCUUCGCUACGGUGUACAAAGGAUAUCACGAGGAAACUCAUGUCCAGGUCGCAAUCAAGACUGUCAAGAGAGACAAUCUAUCUGCCAAGCUCUUCGACAACCUCCAGAGCGAAAUCCAGAUCCUCAAGUCGCUCUCUCACCGACAUAUAACGAGGCUCACUGAUAUUGUGCGCUCAGAGCAUCAUAUCUACCUCAUUAUGGAAUACUGCUCGGGCGGGGACCUCACCGGUUACAUCAAGAAACGGGGGCGCGUCGAGACUCUCGAGUACAUUCCCUCGCCUGGCGCAGCACCGCAAUACUAUCCUCACCCUAGGACAGGCGGUCUAGAUGAAGUCGUCUUACGAAGUUUCUUGCGACAACUUGCUCGGGCUCUCAAAUUCCUGCGACAUCAUAAUCUGAUCCAUAGGGACAUAAAGCCUCAGAAUUUACUUCUGAAGCCCGCCAGUCCCGAAGAACUCGCUAAAGGUCAUCCUCUAGGCGUGCCAAUCCUUAAGGUAGCCGACUUUGGGUUUGCUCGUUCUCUACCCAGCGCUAUGAUGGCGGAAACGCUGUGUGGUUCACCAUUAUACAUGGCACCUGAGAUACUCGGUUACAAUAAGUACGAUGCCAAAGCCGAUCUCUGGUCUGUCGGUGCGGUUCUCUACGAGAUGGCAGUCGGAAAGCCUCCCUUUCGUGCUCAAAACCACAUCGAACUUCUAAAGAAGAUUGAGCAUUCCAAAGGCAUCAAGUUUCCCGACGAAGACCCUCAGUCAACAGCAGGAAAGAGCGGAGGCGGCGGCAGCACCGACCUUCCUGUACCAAAUGACAUUAAGAAGCUCAUCCGUGCCUUGCUUAAGCAGAAGCCGGUCGAACGCGCGAAUUUCGACGACUUCUUUGGCAGUCAAGCUAUGGCGAAAUCAAAAUUCCCUAAACCACGAGAGUCUUCUCCCGAGCCGGAGCCCACAUACGAUGAUGGCAAGCCUUGGACGGGACGCCCGCCAACUCCCCCUCAUCAUAGAAUCAUCCCGCCGGAGGUGCUGGAUCCUACAGCGAUGAUUCCUCCAAGUAAAUUCAACUUUCGGAGAACGUCAACAUUGGGUGAUGCGCCACAGGCGGAGACACCUAUAUAUCCGACGCCGACUCGGGAACACGCGCCACCACCUCCCAUAUCUAGGCGGCAGUCAAGUCAAGCUCCUGUCACCGUGGAGAGAAAGCCUCCUAUACCCGUAGAAGCUUCUGUCAUCCCUGGAGAGACAGAAGAAGAUGGGAUUCUCCGUCGCGAGUAUGUUUUGGUCGGAGACAGUCGCGCUCUGGAGUUCAACCGUGCAAUAGACGAGCUGAGCUCCGUUCCCCGCAAACCGUUGAAUGAUAGGCGCGUACCACCUUCACCCUCAGUCGAAGACCCGGCAGUGGAUAUCACCUUUCCGCCCCCUCCACAUCCCAAUGCUCCGCCACUAUCACAUUCUCCGUCAAGCAUAGCAUCGAGAGCUGCUACGAAUGCAUUAAAUAGGGCACUCAGUUUAGCCUCAAAGAAGCUGUUCGGCCAUCGUUCAUCCCCAUCGCGUGAUUACAGUGCGCCUUCUUCUCCUCGAAGACCACAAAUAAUAGCCUUGGAUGGCGAUGGAGAACGUGAUCCUCUCGAGGAACAACUCCUCGCUGAAUUAGAAGAUUUGGCACAGAAAACUGACGUGCUAACUCAUUGGGCCGACGAAAUGUACGAAUAUGUCAAGGCCAUUCCGCAGAAACCUCUUGCCGAUCCGAACAGGUUUGCCAAGCGGGAUGGAGAGGCUGAUCGACAGGCUCGGAGACGGAAAAAUGGCGAGAUGGAAGCUGAAUACAACGCUGUGACGUGUGUUGCGGUGUAUAUGCUCCUCAUGUCGUUUUCGCAGAAGGGCAUCAACAAGCUGCGAAACCAUCAAGAGCAUAUGAAGAUGCGGCGUCCUGACGGGGAUUUUGUCGUCAGUGAAGGGUUUGAUGAUGCAUUGUCGUGGUUCAAGAAUCAUUAUUUGAAGUGUAAUGAUCGAGCGAUAUUGGUCAAAACGUGGUUGCCGGCCCAGUACGACGGACCUAAGACGUGGCUAGACCAACUAGUCUAUGACCGUGCGCUCGUUUUAAGUCGCACUGCAGCGCGGAAAGAACUUCUCGACCAGGCUACCAGCCCGGACGAGUGCGAGAAGUUGUAUGAAGAAUCAUUGUGGUGUCUGUACGCUCUGGAAGAUGAUCUAUUGCAGACGGAGAAUCCAUUCAUGGACGAGGAUCGGGAGACUAUUGCUACUUGGAUCAAGAGGACCAAGUUGCGUCUGGUGCGAUGUCGUGCGCGGAUGAACAUGACUGAGCGCGAACGAUUGAACGAUGUCAAGGCUGAUGCCAACCUCGUGGAUGUAGCCAGGAUACCAGCACCAUGGGACGCGAAGCCUAAACCAGAAGAUAAGCCUCCUGCUCCGCCUUCAUGAGAAACUGUCUUGUUUUUGCUCUCUUUUUCUUUCUGGGCCCAUCGUAUAUAUCUAUAUCUGUAAUUGGUUGUAUUGUUACUCGCAUCGUUCAUUUUCUCCUUUCAUUCAUCUGUCUCGGUAUUAAUUAC